AUGGCUCUCCACGCGGUCGACUUCCCGGUGAAGCCCAUUGUCAAGAUACACAUGAUCAUCAACUGCGUCCUCGUCGUCAUCACCGUCUUCGUCGUGGUCCUGCGCGUCCUCGCCCGCCUCUCGACGUCCGCCCAGCUCGGCUGGGACGACUACCUCAUCAUCCUGUCCACGCCGCUGGGCCUCGGCAUGCUCGCCAUCCAGGGCCUCUACCUGCCCAUGGGCGUGGGCUAUCCACUCGUCGAGACCAUGCCCAACCUGAAGGUCAUCCUGCAGCUCAUGAUCUCGUACGCCCUCACGUACACGGUCGCCAUCAGCGCCAUCAAGAUCAGCGUUCUGCUCUUCUACCUGCGGGUCUUUGUCGGCAAGCGCUUCCGCCGCGUCACCUUGGUCGUCAUGGGCUUUGUGUGUCUCUACACCGCGGCCAACGUGCUGCUUCUCGCCCUCAUGUGUCGUCCCUUUGCGGGGAACUACGACCUGACCAUUCCGGCCACCUGCGCCGACCGGCCCAAGGUGUUCAUCGCCAUUGGCGCCUACAACAUCAUCUCGGACGUGGUCAUCUUGUUGCUCCCCAUCCCCAUGAUCUGGCGUCUCAAGACUGGGCGCGAGGUCAAGGCCGGCCUGACGGCCGUCUUCCUCAUUGGUCUCGUUGUCUCGGGCGUCGCCGUCGGCCGCAUCUUCACACUCACCUCCCUCCAGAUAGCAAACAUCACCGAGACCAUGGUCUGGGUCGACUUCCUCUCCACGACAGAGGUCAACCUUGCCAUCCUGUGCGUCUCGCUGCCCAUGCUGGGGCCCCUCAUCGGACGUCUCCGCAAGCGCCGGGGCGCCUCCAAGCUCAGCGCCACGCCCGACAAGAACUGUGACUUUGCCUCCAGCAAGGUGAGCGACAAUAAGAUGCGCAGGAAACAAGGAGGCGGGGGCGGCAGUGGCGGGCCCGGGCUGCGUAGGAUGGGCGACGACACCAUUAUGAUGGACACCAUCUAUGAUCCCGACGAAAGCCACCAUGACGAGGCGAAGGCUGUGGCUGAUAGUGGUCGGCAUGCAGGUGGCAAACCGGCCGUCUCCAGCGAGGCGGAGAGCUAUGAUGGCAGCGAGGCCAGUCUGCGGCGUGGGAACAACGGGAUGAAGACGAAUAUCGUGGUGCAGACACAGUAA